ACUUUCGCUCUCAACUUGUGCUCGCUCUGAUUUGUCUGCGACAUGGAGAUAUUGUAAAAGAGCGUGAAAUCAACGAAUGUUAAUGUGUUAGUGCCAUGUUAGUUGGAUUAUUGGUAUGAAUAGCGGGUUGUCAGCCGGGAAGCUGGAAACAAGUGGAACGAUCUUCAAAGUUGUUCAUUGUUGUCAGUUCUGCCUAGGAGUAUACUUUGCGCCAAUUGACUUAAUCUUUGAGUUUUUGAAGAAUAGCUUUGGCGAUUAGUUUGAUGCGUAAUUAAAUGAUACCAAAUGAAGAGCUGAUGUGUCAAGGACGGUUUACAUAUUGGGUUUUCAAAGUUAUUUUGAAUAUAAUAAGAGCGAUGAAAUGAGAAACUACCCACAAAUAACAAUGUGCCUGGCAACACCGUUACAGUACGGUACAUCUCCGAGAGAGAUUAUUUGCGCUCUGUCCGCUUUCUUACAAAUGAUGGCGUCCGCAACUAUCUGAGGGAGCAAGAGCGAAGUAGCGCGUUCAGUUCAAGGAGUCAUCUCUACUCGCUCCUCUGUGACAGCUACCCUACCUACCAAAAACACCAGCGUAGUAAGAAAAGAAAAAGAAGAUAGCGGGUUAGCAGGCAGCAUAAAGUAAAAUUUGGCACAUGGUCUAUUUUCUGCGUAGUUUGUGAGUGCAAGUUCUUGACAAGUUAGUGGAAAUAUCCCGGUGAUAAACUUGACACUUGCAUGUGGACAGAAGCUCUUCAAACUCCUUUCAAUAUUGCUACUUUGUAAAUACAUUUGUAUAUAUAGCGAAGAUGAGCACACAAACCCGUUCCGGAGGUGGUGGUGGCGGCCGUAAUAAGUCUAAAGUUGGCAAAGAGAACAAAGAAAAUGCUGGCGUGGACGAAUCGCAACAGCAACAGCAGCAGUCUUUGCAGCAGCAAAAAAGCGGGGCUACAAACAACUCUGGAGGCGGUGAUAAGCAGAAGAAAGGCACAGAGACAGCCGGUUCCAAAGGUAGUGACUUGAAGGAUAAACAGCAUCAGCAGACAACAACACACACUAUCAAGGUCAAGCAACCGACUGCCGAACAGAUUCGCAUUGCUCAAAUUACAGAUAUCAAAAGUGGUAUGGAUGACCCGAAGAUACAGGAGAAGAUCCAGAAUUUGAUGGAAACAACGCAACGUUCGGAGGAAGAGGUAUGCUGCGCUUUGCAGGAGUGUGACAAUGAUCUCGAUCGAGCUGUUAUUUUUCUUCUGGAGACGCUUCCAGUUGGAGCAUUUGCCACAACAUCUAAGAAAAAGAAAAACAAAUCGCAAAAUAAAGAGCAGAAUGAUGCUGCUCCCAAUGACGGCGAUUGGGAUAAUGUAACGGCAAAUGCAGGCUCCGCGUCAGGAGGAGGAAGUGGCUUGAGCGGUGAUACUAAAGAUCGUCGUGGAAAUCGUUCCGGUAAUGCACGCUCUGGUGGUGGUCCUGGAGGUCCGGGAACUGGUGGUCGUGGAGGUCGUGGCAACUUCCGUGACACAGAUCGGAGUGACAGAGAUCGCAACGGUUUCGAUCGCGGUGGUCGAGGAGGUCCACGUAAUCGAGAUGGUCGGGACGGUGGUCCAGGUCGUGGAAGCUACAACGGUGGAUCUCGAGGCGGCCGUGGCGGUGGAGCACGCGUUGGAACCCGUGGUCCUGGAUCACGAGAUCAAAAUCGAGGAUCCCGCUUAAACGAUCAUCAGGAGAUCGAUGCGUGGGAUCCAGUUACGACCGCUAAUACCAAUGAUCUCAAUAAACCGGAAGAAUCUUCUGCAUUCACCGAUACAUGGGGAGAUUGGGAUAAUGAAGAGUACACAGGUUCGCUAUCGGAUACCAAAGUUUUUACGCCUAGUACGCAAUCAACAUCGGUGAAUCAGCAAGUACAGCAGCCGCAGGCCCAAUCAACAAACUCACAGUUAUCGCAAUCUCAAUCAACACUACAACCGCAAUCCCAACACCAGCAGCCACAGUCGCAACAACCGGCAUUGACAACUACUCAACCGGCUUCGGUUUCAACAUCGGUGGCGAAUCCUGCUGAAUUGUUAGCUCCACCAGGUUUAGAACAGCAGAUUUUAAAUCCACCACAGCCUAAAGAGACUGAUCUAGUGCAGCAGUAUAGCACCACAGUUGUGUCAAGUACAGCAACGGCAGCAGCCGCUGCUAGUAAUACAGUUCAGUAUCCGGAUCUUCAUUCGACGUCAAGUGCUGCAGCUCAACAUUUACGUCAGUCGCUUGAUAUUCCGCAGAUAAACUCUUCAUCAUCGCUUUCCGCAGAACAAUCACAGUAUUUUAAUACGUUAUCUUCUCAAAAUUCCGCUCUCCCGGCGAGUGUUGUGAAUUCGUUCCAACCAAGCACUGUGCAAUAUCCGACCACGUAUGGAUCGAGCAACAGUUUUAGUGAUCAGGUAUCAUCAUCCCAGCAAGCUCCGGCAGCUCGAAGACAACGGGCGCGGGUUCCUCCGCCAUCGAAGAUACCGUCCAGUGCCGUCGAAAUGCCGGGUGAUAGUCUAAAUAAUAUUGGCUAUUUGGAUGUGCAAUUUGGUGCUCUCGAUUUUGGUACAGACGACACUUUCGAUGGUGUGUCUGCAACGGACAAAUUCAAUGCAAACAGUUCAGAGCAGAACACUUCAUCGGCGGUACAACUGACUUCGUCGGUACAACCGUCCCAACCAGAAGUUAGCGAGUAUCAAAGCAAAUCGAGCGUUGUUAAUAAUCUUCAGACAAAAUCUAAUCUAACCAGUGGAUUACAAGGUACACAGAUAAUGCAAGGACAGAGUGAUUCGUUAACGGCGUCGCAAAGCGACACUCUAUCAAGUAGUUAUUCACAGCGUAGUAGUUCCACCGUGGUUCCUUCCUCGGUUAGCGCUGGUGUCAACGUAAACUCUAUUAACAGUACCACAUCGACACUGGAGCAAUUGACCAAGACUGAUCCUUAUAGUCAAUCCACCGCGACGAAUGCUGGCUCCGGCGGAUAUCAAAACGUAUCGUACUCUUCGUCACAGGCGAAUAAAACUUCUUAUCCUUCAUCGGCAGCGCCGCAGGGGUAUAACAACUCUAGUUUUUCAAGCUCCCAGGUGGCAACCAACACAUACCCGCCGUCAUCCAACAAUUACAGUUCAUAUAAUCAAAGUGGAGUCAGCGCGUACCAACAACCGAGCAGUAACGUGCCGAGUAGUGUAGUACCGAAUAAUAGCUCCAACAGCUCGGUAGGUGUCUCUGCAGUGAACCAGGGUAAUUCGAAUUUGCCGGUGAACAACAGUAGUGUUAGUAAUAACAGCUCGAAUUCUAGUUCCGGGUAUCUGUCCAGUCAGUAUCCUGUAAGCCAGACGUCCUCGGCUUUUCCUUCACAGCAAAACUAUCAGAGCAGUUCGCAGAACGUGUAUGGAAACACGGGACUGAAUAAUAAUACUGGAUACACGGGUAGUGCAAGCACCUCCUCUGGACAGUAUGGUAACUUUAGCACUUCAAAGCUUAAAGAUACUCCCGUUUCAACCCAAUUCGAGAGUGUUGCCUCCAAUACGGUUUCGAACAACAAUCCAAGCAACAAUAGCGUUUCAAGUGCUUCGUCCUCGUUGCCGAAUAGUUCCGUGGUAUCCACGACAAGUAUGAGUUCACCAUCGCUUGGUUUAACGAAUACUAAAGUGACCAAUUCCACAGCUAAAAGCAGCAGCAGCAGCAGUGGAACCGGGGUGGUGCCAAACAUACCUAUGGUCAGCCCGUACAUUCAGCCUGGUGUGCCAUUCUACCAGCAGCCGGUGUACUCAUAUGAAGAACUGCAGAUGCUUCAGCAGCGUAUGUCACAUGUGCCUGGAUACUACGAUAUGAACUACCAAACGCCGACGAGUCUCGGUGCGGCCGGAGUGCGCGAUGCAAACCUCGGUUCCGUCGCGUACUCGACCAUGUCCGAUGGUCGGUUCACCCGGACCGAUAACAACUCGUCUCCUGUUAGUAACGUUCCAAGUACCAUGUCACAACAAACAGGGUCUGGUGGUCCUAUGUUGAACCUGCCAUACGCUUAUUUUUACGGCGGUAAUGUGAUGCCCGGCGGCUUCCAAUAUGGCACCCCAGCAAUAUAUCCUCAACAAAUGACGACGAAUGCAACAUCGGGUGGACAGUUCCAGAAACCAGCGUACAACAGUGGCUACGGAACUAGUGGUUACGACACGUUGAGCCAAACUGGACAGGAUUACAAUAAGAAUCCUUACCCGACAUCAGGUGUUGGGCAACAAUCUAAAGGACAAACGGUCAGCAAUCCACAGUCGGCUGGAGGAAGUGGCUCUGAUAUUGCGCCUUCUAUGUAUGGCAAAAGUCAUGUAGCGCUUAAUAAAGUCAAUUCGUACGAGAAACAAUCGUUUCACUCGGGCACACCACCCCCUUAUAACAUAGCUGGAACACAGACUGCUGGUGCCACGUCCGGCCAGCCCUACGGACAGCAUCUUUAUAUUCCGACGAUACCAACGCAUCAUAAUAUCAAUAUGCAUCAAGCGAUGCAUCAGGUGGACAAUAGAAGUUUUAAUAGUGGUAGUGGUGUGAUGAGGGAUUCCAACAGUAGUGGUCAAAGACCACAAUCCAACAGCCAGGGCAAGACUGCAACCAAGCAAGGCUAUUCACCGUCAACUUAUUGGACUGCGCAGAAUUAACUACACUUAUGUGUCUACAUAGAACUAAACGCUAACGCUCGUGUAUUGUAUUUGAAGCGAUAUAAAGUAUGCAACAAAACAACCGGAUACGGUAAGAUAACAAAUGGUAGCAGGUACUGGAAAUUCCGAACGCCCAUCCAAAUAUAGAUCCACACACACCUAGGUAUUUAAAUCAUUCGCUGUAAACGUUGCAAAUAAACCGUACAUAAACGUUCGGCUAGUUGGAAAUUGAACUGUGCGUGUGAGAGAGGAAAGAAGAUGAAUUAAUUCAGAAAACUGAGCGAAAUUCAAGAGUCAACAUUGAAAUCGAUUGAAUUAAUGAUAAAACACUUUGAGCACACCUAUUUAAAAUAAAACAAAUUCAUUGAAAAAUAGCAUAACGCGUUCUUAAACAUUUGUAAAUCAGGAACGAAAUUGGUUCAUUGGUUAAUUGCUAUAUACACAAAUACUAUCUUACAAAGGAAAGCUGCAAGUGAGUUUGGUAUUUUGUUUUUCGGUUAUCUUUGAUGAAUGAAGAAUUCUUCUUUUAAGUCUUUUUUAUGUUAUUCUAAUCUAGCUACUCGUGUAAACAGUAAGAAUGAUUCUACAGCAAGCGCAGAUACAUUGAGCAGAAAAUAGUAUACAGAGAGGCGUGUAUGAAGGCAACCAGAAAAAAUACAUAAAUUAAUAAACAUGUUCUGUAAUAAUUUAAUUUAAAUGUAGAGACGAAAUUUCUAAUAUACCUGUAAACAUUUUAUAAUAA